GGUGGCUUUGCAUUAGAAUGGCGGAUAUUACUAGACUUGCACAAUCAACCUGAUUCCUUCUACUCUUAAAACCAGAUGGCUCUUCUUUUUCCAGUACCCAUAGUUUCAUUUUCUUAAAUCUCUUUAUUUCUCAAAUAUAUUCCAAGAAUAGGAAUAAAGUUUCCACUUUCUAGUACAGUAGUUCAUCUUCUUUAAAAGCUCUGUUCUUUCUUGACAUUAUUGAACUAAAAUGGCCGUGCCUAUGGUUUCUUGUGGGAUGUAUACUAGUUUAAAAGUUAUAGAGAGACAACCCAUUUCAAGUCCAAGUUUCUUUAAUGGCUCUUUAGCUUUAAAUCCAGUUCAGAGACUGUACAUUACACCCAAGAGAUUAGCUUUAUCUGGAAGUACAAUUAUUCCAAAAGCAUCCGCUCCUACAGCUGUGGAGGAUGGAAGUGCACAAGAGACAAGUGCAGUUCCAACACCCAAAGUUAUAAUCGAUUUGGAUUCAGAUCCGGAUGCAACUAUCGUUGAGGUUACCUUUGGAGAUCGCCUUGGGGCACUUCUCGACACAAUGAAUGCACUAAAAAACCUCGGGCUGAAUGUUGUCAAGGGUAAUGUCUGUCUUGAUUCAUCUGGGAAGCAUAACAAAUUCGCCAUCACAAAAGCUUCUACGGGUAGAAAGGUCGAUGAUCCAGAGCUGCUUGAAGCAAUUCGUUUGACAAUAAUCAAUAAUAUGAUGGAAUACCACCCGGAAUCGAGCUCCAGAUUUGCUAUGGGGGAAGCUUUUGGUGCUUUUCAACCAUAUCAGAAGAUUGACGUGGAUAUAGCAACCCAUAUCCAUGUAUAUGACGAUGGCCCUGAAAGAAGCUUACUCUGUGUAGAGUCAGCAGACAGGCCUGGAUUGAUAGUUGAUCUUGUCAAGAUCAUUACUGACAUAAACGUUGACGUUAUAUCAGGAGAAUUCGAUACUGAGGGAUUGCUAGCUAAGGCAAAAUUUCAUGUCAGUUACAAGGGCAAAGUUCUGAUCAAGCCCCUUCAACAGGUUGUUGCGAAUAGCCUACGUUAUUUCUUGAGGAGACCAACAACAGAAGACGCAAGUUUUUAAUACAACGCCGAAUAAAAGAGAGAUCGUCAAUAGGGUUAACAGUGUACUUAAAAUUGUCAAGAAUGAAACUUGCUGGUUUCUGCAGUACUGAUCCAUUCCUAGGUCUAAACAGAGAAAAUAUGCAUGAAAUUCGGAAUCAUAGUUUCAAUACUGCUGUAACAUUAUAAAUCGCUACCAUUUAUACGAUAAUGAUAUGCGCUUUCAGAACAGGAAAAA